CAUCAUCCUGGGUUUUUGCUCUUUAUUUUGCUUUGAGUGAUGAGCUCUUAUGAAGAAUAUGGUGAAGAAGAGCUCAAUGACUAUAUCAUCCAGCUGAGUAUCCAGGACUCCUGCCAGGAUGCCUUUCUGAAAUCUGCAGCCAGUCUAGCAGCGGCGACGGAUGAAAAUCUGAGAGUCCUGGCUGCCAUCGAGCAAGGUGAGGCGUCGGUGCUCAGGGAGAUGCUGGGGCACGCCUUUGCCUUCAGGGAGUCGGACAGUCGCGGCUGGCUUCCCCUCCACCGAGCCGCGUCCCAGCAGGUGCUGGAGGUCCUGGAGACUGUCCUGAGAUUGGCGCCUCAGGGGCUCGGCCUGGAGGAGAGAACGGCUGCGGGGGGAGAGACGCCGCUGACACUGGCAGUUAAAGCCGGACUGGUGCAGAACGUGGAGAGCCUGCUGGAGCACGGAGCCUCGCCUCACAACACCAACAGCAAGAACGAGUCACCGCUGCUGCUGGCGGUGAGGGUCGGCUCCUACGAGAUGACGUCCACUCUGGUGGCCCACGGCGCCUGGGUGGAGCAGGUUUGCCGGAAGAAGUGGACGCCCGUGCACGAGGCGGCCAAAGUCGGCGACGCCGACAUCCUCAUGCUGCUGCUGAGGAACGGCGGGCGGGUAAACCAGAAGGACUUGACGGGGGAGACGCCGCUCGCCGUGGCUGCAGUGCACGGACACCUCCACAUCACGGAGAUUCUGCUGAACUGUGGAAGCAAAGUGAACUCUCAGUCCUGCAACGGGGAGAGUGUCCUGCUGGACGCAGCCGGAUCGGGAAACACCGCCUGCAUUCGGCUGCUCCUGGACAACGGAGCCAACCCCAACUUGCCCAGCAUCACCGGACACCUGCCCAUACACAAGGCAGCGUACGCAGGGCACUAUGAUGCACUGAAGAUGCUGAUACCUCUGACCACUAAGAAGGCCAUCAAGGAGGCGGGUCAGAGCCCAGUCCACUCUGCAGCGGAGGGAGGCCAGAGUCGCUGCCUGCAGCUCCUGCUGGCCUGCAGCUUCGACGUCAACUACCGCAUGAACACGAGAAGCUCAGAAAACUACCGGGACAUGAGGAGGAGCGCCCUGUACUUCGCCGUCUCCAAUGGGGAUGAGGACUGCACCAAAAUCCUGCUGGCGGCCGGAGCGAAGACGGACCUGGACCCGCUCUGCUGCCUCCUGGUGGCGGUCCGGUCCGGGCGUUACGAGAUCGCGAAGCUGCUGCUGGCGGCCAAAGCAGACGUGAACUGUUACUUCACGGUGGUGAGCGACACGGUGUUCCCCACGGCGCUGCAGUACUGCCUGAAGGACGAGGCGAUGAUGCGGCUGCUGCUCAACAACGGCUACAAGGUGGAGAGGUGCUUUCAGUGUCACCAUGACAACGCUUUUGAUGCCGCGGAUGAGGUGGACGGGAAAAUCCCAUUCUGCGAGUUCAUGAGCCUCUGCUGCCUCGUGCACCUGUCCGGCAGCGUGGUCCGGGUUCUGCUGGACUACGUCAGCCACGUGCACAUCUGCUCCAAACUCAGACUCACCCUGGAGAAGCAGGAGGAGUGGCCCGAAAUAUGUGAAAUCCUCAGCAGUCCUCGCUCCCUCAGACACCUCUGCAGACUGGAGAUCAGGAGGCGUUUGACCCUGAAGAGACUCAGCAACCCUGAAAUCAUGAACUCGCCUGUUUUCCCUCCCCGACUGAAGAGCUUCAUACUGUACCAGGAACUCGACCUCUACGGCUAGGGCCAUGAACGCCUCAUGCGAUGACCUGUGGAUUCUCUGCAAGAGUC